AUGGAGGUGACUCUCCUGGACUAUGGCGCGGGCAAUGUGCAGAGCGUGUUCAACGCCAUCCGAACGCUGGGCUUCAAAGUGCGGUACGUGCAAGGCCCCGAGGACAUUGCGAAGGCCGAGUGCAUCGUGUUCCCGGGCGUGGGGGCCUUUGGGCCCUGUGUGGAUGCGCUGCAAAGCAAGGGCUUCUUCGCGCCCCUGCAGCAGUACCUCAAGGAAGACCGUCCCUUCUUCGGUAUCUGCCUGGGCAUGCAGACGCUCUUCGAGGGCAGCGCGGAGAGCCCCGGGGUGGCAGGCCUGGGCGUCCUGCCGGGCACCGUGGAGCGCUUUCCGGAGACCAGCCUAGCGGUGCCCAACAUCAAUUGGAGUGGAGUGGCGCCCAUGUUAGCAGACCCUUGGCCCUUGGAGAAGGCCCAGCCCCGCUGCUAUUUCGUCCACUCCUACCGGGUGCCCAUGACAACUGCGCCCUGGGCCCUGGCUUGCUCGGAAUACGGCGAGAAGUUCGUGUGCGCCGUGCGCCAGGGGAAUUGCGUGGCCACGCAGUUUCACCCAGAGAAGAGCGGUACCGUGGGACUCAGGAUCCUGGAGACCUGGCUCAAAGGCCGGGCGCCGGGUGAGGCAGCUCCAGCGGAGGCCUUUUGCCCGGAACCCCCGGCCCGGCGGAUCAUCGCGUGCCUGGACGUGCGGGCCAACGACGCGGGGGACCUGGUGGUUACCAAGGGCGACCAGUACGAUGUCCGCGAGAAGGAGGGCUCCGUGCGGAACCAUGGGAAACCGGUGUCGCUGGCGGAGCGGUAUUAUCAAGAUGGAGCCGACGAGGUGUCGUUUUUGAACAUCACGGCAUUCCGAGAUAUGGUGCUGGAAGAUCAGCCCAUGCUCGAGGUUUUGAGAAGUGCCGCCGAGAAGGUCUUCGUGCCGUUGACGGUGGGAGGUGGCAUUAGGUCGUAUGUGGACGAGAAAGGGAGGAGCUACUCGGCCCUGGACGUGGCAGAUGCCUACUUUAGGGCGGGUGCCGACAAGAUCUCCAUCGGCUCCGACGCGGUGGAGGUGGCGAAGGCCUACUACGCCGCGGGGAAGAAGGGCGAUGGCGGCUCCUCCAUUGAGCUCAUUAGCACCAAGUACGGGCGCCAGGCCGUAGUCGUGAGCGUGGAUCCGCGGCGGGUGUAUGUUGCGGACCCGAAGAGUUGUGCUCACAACUGCGUGGAGGUGGGGCUCACAGAUAAGGCGACGCCUGUGGGCCCCAACGGCGAGCGCUUUGCUUGGUACUGCUGCACCGUGAAGGGAGGGCGAGAAGACAGCGACCUGGAUGUGGUUCAGCUGGCGCAGGCGGCCGAGGCACUGGGAGCUGGAGAGCUGCUGUUGAACUGCAUCAAUCGCGAUGGCCAGGGAAACGGCUAUGAGCUUGAGCUGGUCCAGCAGGUGAAGUCUGCGUGCACGUUGCCGGUCAUUGCCUCCAGCGGCGCCGGAUGCCCCGAGCACUUUCAGCAGGCCUUGGCGGUCGGUGCAGAUGCAGCGCUGGCUGCCGGCAUUUUCCACCGACAGGAAGUUCCCAUCCAGGAAGUGAAGAGCUACUUGAGCAAAACGGAAAUUCCCGUGAGAAACCUCAAUGCGUACUUCCAGGGCCGCUGGAAAGUGAAGGCACGGGUGAUCACGAAGGGCGACAUCCGCAAGUUCAACAACAGCCGUGGGGAGGGGCAGCUUUUCAAGGUGGACCUUGCGGACGGCUCGGGGGAGAUCUCCGCCACCUUCUUCGGCCGCGCCGUGGACAAGUACCACGCCUUGCUGAAGCCCGGCCAGGUGUACACUUUCCAGAAAGGCCAGGUGAAGGGUGCCAACAAGCGCUAUGACAGCGGGGACUAUGUGCUGACUUUCGAGGAGCACGCGCUGAUUGAAGUCGCGGAGGAGGAUCGCAGCCUUCCGGGCAUUUGCUACAACUUCCGGCCCCUCUGCGAAGUGCUGGGCAUGGCUCCUGAGACACUGGUGGAUGUGAAAGCUGUGGUGUGCCAGGUGCAGGAUCCCUACACCUUCACGGCAAAGACCUCCAACAAGGAGAUGACCAAGCGCGAGAUUCACCUCUGGGAUCCUUCGGGGCCAACAGGCUACACCACCAUGGAGCUGACCUUGUGGAACGAGCGGGCCAUUGGCACGGACUUCCAAGUGGGCCAUCCCAUCUUCCUGAAGAAGGCGCGCGUCACCGAGUUCAACCAGCAGAAGUCCUUGAGUAGCCCUGCGCAACUCGAGCUGGACCCAGACCACGAGGACGCCUUUGCGGCCGUGGCCAAAUUCCAGGAGUUUGCCGCCACCAAUCCGCUGCCCGUGGUCACCAAAACUCCCGUCAGCUCCUCGCGGCGGCAGACGUUGGAGGCGUGCCGCCAGGAGGACCUGAACCUCGCGCUGCCACCGGCACCAGGCGUGGCCUUAGGACCCACUGAUGCACGGGUGACCCACCGGCAUUCCGUGGUGGCGACCUUUACCACCUUGCCUACGGACAAGGGAGCGUACUACCCGUCCUGCCCCGAGAAGGUCGAGGGUCGUCCUUCCGUUGGGGGAACAGGGCCUGCUUCGAGGACGUGCAACAAAAAGGUGUCCCAGGAGGACAACGGAAGCUGGAAAUGUGCAAGUGGCCACGUCUCGGCCUAUCCGGAGUUCCGGUACCUGUGCCGCAUCAAUGUCCUUGACCACACAGACCAGGUGGAGGUGAACCUGUACGACGAAGCGCUGCAAAAGCUUCUCCGCUGCGAGGCCCGGGAGUAUGUGCCUAUGUUCGAGGCGGGGCAGGUGGGCGGCGAGAAGGAGAACGAGUUGAAGGAGCUGCACCAGCGCAUGGAGUGGAAGAAGUGCAUCCUCCGCCUCCGUGCGACGAAGGAGGUUUGGCAGGAGAACGAGCGGAUUCGGUACAGUGUAGACGAUGCGCAGCCGAUACCCUUUGUGCAAGAAGCCCGUCAGAUGCUUUCGGAGGUGAUGCACUCACUUGCGAACUGA